AUGGCACAUGCAUUUACUGCAGCAUCAAACGAAUUUCCACAUGAUAUCGUAGUAUUGAUCAAUUCACUUUGUUCACCCAUUAAUAAUGGAAGAGGAACCCUAAGGAAUUACAAUUUUGCAGCUGAAGAAAUUCUUGCUUUUUGGGAGAUGUCUCUACAUCUUAGCACUAUAAAUGUCAUGGGAACCAAACAUUUUCCAGGGGAAUUAAGUGAACGUUAUUUUGAAGCAAAAUUAGAUGAUAGGAUGUUAGACUUGUUGAAGGACUACUAUGAGAUGGAGUAUGCAGAUUGUGGCUAUAAGUUCCAUAAUGGAAUUAAUGAUAUAGGCAGAAGUUGUAUUUAUGUCUCUUCAACUAUUUUUCAAGCAAGUGCUUUACAUGUUGGUGAUGAAACUUUGGAUCUUUAUUGUCUGAGAGAGGUUGUCUAUUAUUUUAGGCAUCAGUUGAUGCUGCCAGAAAUGAAUUCACAGAGUGCUAAUACAUGGAUUGCUGAUCAUUAUUUAUGCAUA